AUGCCUAGACUUCAUACCAACUCAGAUGUGCACUUCAUAUCUCCAACGAAUACAUCAGCGAGUGGCAUGACUUCUCUUCAGAGACUCAUAGCACAACGUAUGAACACGGUCGUACAAUUCACCCACCACUCAAGUACAUGGUACGCCAAGCAAUCCUCGUUAACACAGGUUGCGCUUGGUAUAUUCGUGGUUCUUGCUACCACCGCAUUUAUUCUUAUGCUUAUAUUCCAUGCUGACAUUAUCAAAUUCCUCAUUUAUGUUUCUGACCAAUGGCACUCACUAAAGUACGGUUCAGUGAUACUUUUCAUACUUGUAUUCAUGGUUGGAUUCCCUCCACUUAUUGGGUUUACCGCAUUGUCCAUGCUUACCGGUAUGAUCUACGGAUUCCCUCAAGGGUGGCCCUUGCUUGCUCUGGCUUCAGUUUUAGGAUGCAUUGCUUCGUUUUUCAUAUAUCGUUAUAUUCUCCAAGCACAUGCACAAAGAUUCACUAAUAAAAAUGAAACUUUCCGAGCCUUGGGAGAGUGCAUGACCGAUGAUAACUCCUUAGUGUUAUUGGUGUUGAUUCGAUUAUGUCCAUUGCCGUAUUCCUUAUCCAAUGGUGCGUUAUCCUCGAUCCCUAACCUAUCAGCUAGCACGUACAUUAUAGCUACUGUUAUUACUUCCCCGAAAUUAUUGAUUCAUUUGUUUGUAGGACACAAGUUGAAACUGUUGGGUGAUGAAACAAGAAGUGGAACAACAAAAUUUGUUGAUUUGUUGAGUAUAUUAAUUACUCUAACGGCAGCUAGUGCCACAGCAUAUAUCAUAUAUUUCAAGAUGCAAAAGAAGUUGGCCAGUUAUCAUCAACGUCGUUAUGUUAAUGACGAUGUAUUAGUGUUUGGUAACUUUGACGAUGAUUUAGAGAUGAAUGAGAAUACUACUGAGGUGGAAUUAAACUCCGCUGACUUCGAUGCAGACAAUUUCAUUAUCGAAGAUGAAGAUUUCGAACAUGAACAUGAACAUAUACCAGAACAUAAUAAAGAUGUGCUGUCCAAAUAA